AUGGCGCUGGCAUCGGCUGAGAUCUUGGGCAAGGCGCCCGGGAACACCAGUCAUGUCUCAGAGGCACUGCGUUACCACGAGGAGAGACUGCGUCCCAGCACUGAACCCCUCCAGGCCGCCUCGAGAAAGUUGGCAGCGUGGUACAUCCCCAAGGGGACUUUCGCCUACCAUAUCUGGAACUUCUUGCUCAAAAUCACACCCUACUACUCAUGGCUGGUGUCCUUCCACGUCAACAGUCUCAGGUCGGAGAUCGAGUUGACAUGA